ACCAUCUACAUAUCUGUGACCGCAGUUAUACGUGCUGUACAGAAGAGAUGGAACACAAACUGAGCACACAUAGCAGAGUGGAGUUCGACAAGCUUCUGAAGGACGGUAUCGGCUCCUUGAAGAAACUCUUCGCUUCCAAUACAUUAAAAUUCGACAAAUUCUUUCAAGAAUUGCUGGACGAAUCUCAAAAAGAUUUUCACCACAUGUUUUUACGAACUUACGGAAUGUUGUACGAUAAAAAUUCUUACAUUUUUGAGAACAUGUUCAGAGAUCUGAGAAAUUAUUAUAAUUCAGGUGGAAUCUAUCUAUCAGAAGCCCUCGGUUCGUUCUUUGAUACUCUCUAUCGAAAAAUGUUCGAGGUGUUGAAUAAUCAGUACACCUUCAGCGACAGCUAUCUGUCUUGUAUUAGUAGUCACAUGGAGGAGCUCAAACCAUUUGGUGAUGUUCCCAGAAAACUGACUUUAGAAUUAAAACGAUCUUUCAUUGCAACUCGUACAUUUGUACAAGCUCUAGCUGUUGGAAGAGAUGUUGUUCGUGAAAUUAUGGAGGUUGGACCCAGUCCAGAAUGCAGCCGUGCUCUAAUGAAAAUGUCCUACUGUCCUCAUUGCAAGGGUCUGCCAGAUCUCAAGCCUUGUGCCAACUACUGCUUGAACGUUAUGAAGGGUUGUUUGGCUCAUCAUUCAGAACUUGAUACUGACUGGAAUAGUUACAUAGAAACUCUCUUGAUGCUGGCUGCUCGACUAGAAAGCUCGUUUAACAUCGAAGCUGUUGUAGACCCUAUAGAAAUAAGAAUCUCGGAAGCCGUCAUGAACUUUCAGGAAAACGGGCAAGUCGUGUCAGAUAUGCUGUUUCAGAAGUGUGGUAAGCCUCGACUUGGAAAAAGAGAAACUAGGAAGGAGUUGGAGUUCGAGACAUACAAGUUUGGCCCACGACAUGACAUUCACGGAGCUACCAAAAGUGGCCUGAAUCAGCUUUUAGGGAAAAUCAAAAAGAAGAUCAGGCGCACAAAGAGUUUUUGGUCCAAUCUUCCCAGUGAACUCUGUAACAAUCCGAAAGUUACAGGUGAUCGAACUACAAGAAAUAGCCAAGAAAGUUGUUGGAAUGGACUAACAAAAGCAAAAUAUGAAGCCACGCUAGUAGGCAAUGGACUUGUCAAUCAGAAGGACAACCCGGAGGUCAGUUUAGAUGUGACCAGACAGAAUCUUGUGGUAACAAAGCAGAAACUAACACUUCAGCUUAUUACUGCCAAAUUAAAUAAUGCCUACAGAGGAUUAGAUGUGGAGUGGGAAGUUCCCACGGAUAAUAUUUGGGCAGCUAGUGGCAGUGGAAGUGGAUGGAUACCUGAUGACACUGAAGAGGACAACUCUAAUGAUCUUUACUUCAGUUACUCUUCUACGAGAGCUCCUGCUGCCCCUAUAUGGCCAGUUGAGUUCGCAGAAAAUCCAACUGAAAAUCCAUCAACAGCUCCUGGAUUGAUACCAUCCAAACUUCUAUUGGUAUCAAUUGCAGUGUAUGUAUAUAGUGUCAUCUGGUGGUGAAAACCAGCAGCGAUCACGUUAUUAAACGUCAGUGUCUAGAAUUGCUGUACGUACGUUUGUCUUCUGUGAUGAAGAAGAGGAAGUCUGUUAGGAUCAUAUCAAGAUGUUCUUUGGAGCUUCCGAACUCAGGAUUAGAUACACGUUUUUUUAUUAUCUUAUUAAACUUACAAGCUAGUGAGAAUCACAGUGUGUUUGAAAGGAAAUUAUUGAUUAACUUUAUGCUUGUCAUAAGUGGUUAAGCUACAAAACCAAGAAUUACUUAUUUUUUAAUGGCUAAGUUCGAUAGAAUUUAAUCGAUUAAUAUAAUGAUUUUUUGUUCAAAAUUGUGUGCUAAACAGUUUCUUUGAGAGUACCUGAAAAAAAAACAAAGUUUUAAAAUUAUAUAGAAAUCUGUUCAAAGUCAUAAUCCCAAAGAAAUUAAAAGAA